GGUUGGUGAGAGUUUCACACAGGUAGCCGGUGCUCGUAACGCCCUGCCCGCUCUCACUGCCCGUCCUGCCGGCCUCAGUCUCCGGGAAGCCGACAAGCCUCGAUACGGUUGUCGCUAAUAACGCUCGCAUCUUGCGCUCGCCACUUGAACAAGUCUGGUCCUUUUGAGAUUAUGAGGACAAAUCAUAUCUCUUUUAUUUCAGAGAAAUCGCCAUGAUGACAACAGAUACUACCAAACCCAGACCAAACGCUCGUUCGCAAUUGAACAACUCAGGCUAUCGUUUAAGGGCUCUCCCACCUCUGGCCGACCUGCUUUCAGACCAAGAAACUGCUUCGAGAUUCUUCUCAUCAAAGCCAUACCCGCUGCCAAAGCAUCUCACACUCAUUAAAAACCCACGAGCCGCCGAGUUUCCCGGCCGCCAAGUCAUCUUCUGGAAUGAAAAAGAUGCAGCCAUUCUUUCUGGUCGAGAUGCGGAGCACGAUGCAAACAAACAAGUCAUGGCAAAGAAAAAACACACACAAACCGGCGAGGAAAAAAUCUCCCACAUUGUCAACGAUCCGCUCGACAAGAAGAUCGACGCCGCGAAGGCCUACCUCAUGGUAGCGCGAGAACAAUCCUUCCGCAAGCUUCAUGAAGAACAUCCCGAGCACGGCUACUGGCGCUUCGGCUUUGACACUCCGGACUGGUGGCCGCAGGACAUGGAGCGCGAGGUGACCAGACCAAAAAAACACACACAUCAGACGCGGCUGUGCAGGUUACGAGCCAGCGAGCGCACUCCGAUCGCGAGGCGGAUGGCCGAGAUCACAAUCGACGACCUCAAGAACGAGACUGAGUUCGAGGAGGCGUCGCCGAGGUCCAAGCAAGACUUUCUGGGUCCGAGCGACCAGCCCAUCCGGCGCGGACAAUAUGAAGAUGAGCCGCUGGGUAUUGCUUGCAUCAGAAAAUAAGGACUCAAGGACUUUCAGCGACAGCUGGAUCUCAUCGAUGCUGGGGGCCCGGAGCCCGAGUUUUGAAGGCACUGAGAGUCAUUUUACAACUUGGAUAUAACACAAGACUACGGGAUUACACUCCCUCGACCAAGAAAAAUGGGCGCAGAAAACGGACCGGAAAAACAUUUGAAACUCACAAAAUCCAAAAAAAAGAAACACAACGACAGCAAGACUGUCACAUUCAAACAAAGUCGUCAAUCUUUCGACAUCUCAACGCCUCUUGGCGGCCAUCUCUUGGCAUUACAACGGUUCUUGGCAGCGAGAUCUUACACUCGAUCAGCGUUGCUUCUUCUUCAUUCCAGCGUCAGCGUUGCUUUUGUUUGUUUUGGGCUUGUUUGAGCGUGGCGCAACGGAGUUUGGGUGGGAUAGAGGUUGGAAAUGAUACCCAUUUGGUUUUUGGUUUUAUUUUUUGUUGGCAUGGCGCAUCGGAGCGAUUGGGAUUGGAAAUAAUGAAACUCGUGUUUUCAUUUGGCAUUGCACAGCGAACCUUGUUGGAAAUGGGGUGGACAUAACGUUAAUUCAAGGCGGAGCAGAGGGAAUUGAAUGAAGGGCUUCACAAGCACCAUGCAAUGAACUUGUGACUCAAUUAAACU